AUGGAGACAAUAGCCUGCCCUGCCGCAACAGAAAGAGGAAAUGUGCGUUGCAUAACUCCAGUCCCCCGCCCGUCAAAUGUGCUUCGACUUGCCGGUAAUAACAUUUCGGAGCGACUAGGCGAUGGCAAGCGACCGGCAUGUCUCAAUUGUGAAAACAGAAGUCUAGCCUGCGAGUGGGGUCUGAAGAUAUCAUUCCAUCCCUCCCGCAUGCUCCGUCUCUCCGACACAGACGUCGCAACUCUGACCUCUAUCGAGACACAGUUGCGUUCUGGGCGGCCCCCACGCGGUGAACAUGUUUUCCAAGGCUCUGCCGUACAAGGAGUUGCCGAUAAAGACGUUCUCUUCCAGGGGGGUCCGGAUGUGACAACUCCGCAGCAAGUCGUCGACGAGACGGACGGAAACGAAUCCACGGCCUCGACUGGAGAGCUCACGAGCUCCCAUGUCCGUUGCUGCGGCCAAGCUAACAAUGUCCUUGACGAAUCACCCGUCGACGGUCCAACCGGAGAUCCCAAUACCGCCACGCAGACGGCUCGCCUCGAUGAGUGCGAACAGCUAUACCCCCCGUUCCAGCACGUCACGCCUCCAUUGAUACCGGAUGGCCGCCUGGCGGCAUCGACAUCCCAGGCUGAGGGAGCCGGCGCUUUCAUACCCCCCUUUUCUCUCGGCCAGGCCGUUUCUCAAAAUGCGUCGCCGCUACCCGAUCCGCCGCCUUCGGUCUCGGAUGCGCUGCGCGCUAGGCUCAUUUCUUACUACCUACGGGAGACAGGGACAUGGUGCAACACGACCGAUUCCGAAAUGCACUUCACCGUCAAGGGAAUCCACAAGCUGAUGAAGUCGAUGGCUUUCUCUUCCGCCGCCAUGGCCUUGGCCUCUCGUCAACUCGACAACGCGAAGGGCGGGUCAAGCCAGCUGACCCUGAACCUAUACCAGGAUACAAUACAGUUCCUCUUGAGGCAUGAUCCCAACGUCGCCGAUCCAUCUAUCCUGGCGACGUGCACGUUGCUUUGUGUAUACGAGAUGAUGGCGUCUGGAGUUUCCGAAUGGAGGCGGCACCUGCGAGGCUGUGCGGGCCUUCUCAGGAUGCGAAAUUGGAACGGUGAUAGCGAAGGCAUCGUCAAAACCUGCUUCUGGGCAUUUGCGAGGAUCGAUGUCUGGGCCGCGUUCAUCAUGGAACAGUCCACACUUAUUCCCACGGAUUCCUGGGUUCGAGAUGAGUCAGUCGCUUCCGUUGCGGCCAAGAACGAUCUUGACGACUACUGCAACCUCGCCAUCUUGAUCUUUGCCAAGAUUGUCAACGUCGCCGGUCCUAUGUUACAAAAUGCGACAUUAUCCUCGCCAGAGGUGGCGCCCAUCGUCGACGAUCUAUGGAAAGAGCUUCAGGCGUGGCUGAGCUACCGUCCCAAAGAUGCGCUUCCCCUUAUGUCGGCAGGCCCAACAAGGUCGAAUCCCUUCCCCACUGUCGUUUUUGCAACGUCUUCUCCUAUUUGCGGACACACAUUCUACCACGCGGGAUGUAUCCUGCUUCUGCAAACUGGCUUGUUGCAGUCCUGCCUAGACGCCACAGACCAAGACGUGCUCGAUCCCGUAUGGCACGCACGGCAGCUUGGUGGCCUCAGCAUGAGCAACGAAUCACACCCCAACUGGGUCAACCAGCUUCAGCCAUUGUACAUUGCGGGGCGGGUGUUUGGGGGGUGGAAAUUGCGUCCCGGCCGCAAACAUGAUCUCAAUCACCCCGCAGACAAGUCACGGCACAGGCAACGUAGCCUGGCGGGUUACUGCGAUGACGAGCCAAGCUCAAACCUCUCCCACGCAACGACUUAUUCGCGGGGCCCAGCUGGUCUUCCACGUCACGAUGAGCAGCCUGCCGAGCUGGAUCCAGACAUGGAUGACUUUCCAGCAGAGAAGAUGGCCAUUCUGAGACAGCUUGCGACGAUUGAAAGAAGCACGGGGUGGAAAACGUCUGACAGGGCCAGAGAUCUUCGAGUACUGUGGAAACUCGAACACUGA